ACUAAACUGUGACCUGCAGCUACGCACACAGAGCAUCACAUCAUGCGGCAGCCUUCACUUUAGCUGGGAGCGCAUCUGUGGUGCUUCAGACGACCUUUCUUCAUCUCUUCACCGAAGAUAUGUCUAAAUGCAUUUAGGACCAGAAUCCGUGGCUGCCGGCAUCUUUUUCAAAGAGACAGCUACAUUCAGAAGGCAAAGCGUUAUAUAAUUUGUAAAGAUUAAAUAGUGAGUUAUUUUUGUCCUUUCUUCUAGGUUACUUACAAGGUGGAUUAAGGAGCAUUCUCUCCAAACGAAGACAUCACGGCCUCAUUCCUAACACAGAAAGUUAUUUAUUUUGAAGACGGUUUCAGUGGGGAAAGGAGGCAGCUCAUUCUCUCAACAGGGGACCCAUCCAGGAGGAGGAGACGUGCCUGUGUGAAGCACAGGUCCAUCACCAAUUCAAGUGAACUCUUUAGCAACAGGCCACGCUGGACCCAGCAACUUCACAGGCUUAAAAUGCCAUUUUUUGGCUGGAUGAAAUGGCCAAAAUAUGAUUCCUACAAAUCCACACACUACCCUGACUCAGAUGUAGUGACAAAGACUCUGCUUCGGGAAUUAAAAUGGCAUCUGAAGGAACGGGAGAGACUGAUGCAAGAGAUCGAAAAUGAGCAAAAAGUGAAAAAAACAGGUGUGGAUUACAACUGGCUGAGAAGCUACCAGCAUCCCCACACAGCCAUUCCAGCUACUGAACAAAGACAACUCGAAGUUCUCUGCUCACAGGUUCAACCGUGCCAAACGGGAACUGUUCUCAGCAGAUUUCGAGAAGUUCUGGCAGAAAAUGAUGUACUGCCAUGGGAAAUCGUCUACAUCUUCAAGCAAGUUCUGAGAGACUUCCUGAGCAGCGCUGAUGGGGGCAGUCAGCAGGAGUGCCUGGAAGGGUCCCAGAGCGCAGCCUGCCCUGUGCGCUCCGUGACCCCAGGGGGCAGCUCCGAGGGUCCAGAGAAAGAUGAAAUCCCCACCAUCUCAAGUUAUGUAGACAGAAACACAAAGAACAGGUUCCCAACAUUCUCACAUCGAAUAUGGAACCUACCGUACUACUACCCAUCAAGUUAAGUUACCUAUACCCAGAGAGAAGAGUUUUUUGGUGACCAUCUUAGCAUCAGAACUCUUAACAUUAAGAGAAAGUGAUGUGACUUGAUGUUACUCUUUGUUGCAAGAUCAGAAGCUAAAAUUUCUGUGAUGUAGCUGUUAUUUGAAAUAGUGUUCCUUUUCUAGCCACUUUUAAAAUGCAAUGUUUUCACUGAACAGUAUGCUUUUAACUAAAAUAUUUCCUAAAUAUUUUGAAAAACUGUUUGAAGUAUUUUCUUAUACCUCAAACACAACUCACAGGAACUAAGUUUUAUUCUGAAA